CCUAGCUUAUGAUUAUGGAGCAUGGGUAGACUUGUAGGGAUUGUUGUCCUCACCAGCCGGUAGGUAAGAACUCCCGACCUAGUUGCCCAAGGUCUUCCCCAGCAGCAUGUUGAAUAUAAGCGUCCAUACCCAAAGUAGGGUCACCUACCUACCUCUUCCCUCCGGCAAAAUUUGUUCGUAAGCUCUGGCUAUCUUACCGCACACUCAAUCGUAACAGUGCGAGAUCGAGAUCCCAGGUACUACCUACGUAUUGCUUGCGGACCUGCGAGCUGGGGUCAAUGCGGCUUACCUAAGCAGCUCACCUUAUGGUGUCUGGCAGAGGUGGGGCUACACGCAUUCCGCUUCUCCCACUUCUUCCCUACAAGCCAGCAAUUAUCAACUCCACCACCGCACGCCGGCUCAGCUUUGAUCAACCCAUCCCCACGGCCUGAGGCGCUUACGCACCCCAGCAUGGUUCUCCAAGAUCUCGGUCGCCGCAUCAGCGGCGCCUUAAACGAUGUCACCCGGGCGCCUAAUCUCGACGAGAAGGCUUUCAAAGCCAUGCUCAACGAGAUAUCCGGUGCCCUCCUCGAAGCCGACGUCAACGUCCGACUCGUGAGCAAGUUGAAGAACUCGAUAAGCACCGCUGUCAACUUCAAGGACCUACCACCCGGCGUCAACAAGAAGCGGCUAAUUCAGAAAGCCGUCUUCGACGAACUAGUCAAGCUUGUCGAUCCCCAUGCCGAGCCGUUCAAGCCGAAGAAAGGCAAGUCCAACGUUAUCAUGUUCGUUGGCCUGCAGGGCGCCGGAAAGACGACGACAUGUACGAAGCUCGCGCGACAUUACCAAGCGAGGGGGUUCCGCUCGUGCCUCGUCUGUGCCGACACCUUCCGAGCCGGCGCCUUCGACCAGCUGAAGCAGAAUGCCACGAAAGCCAAGAUACCCUACUACGGGUCCCUUACCGAGCUAGACCCGGCCAAGAUUGCGAGGGAGGGCGUCGAAAAGUUCAAAAAGGAGCGGUUCGAGGUCAUCAUCGUGGACACUUCGGGACGUCAUCAGCAGGAGGCUGCCUUGUUCCAAGAGAUGAUAAACAUCCAGGCAGCCGUGAAACCCGACGAAACAAUCAUGGUACUCGACGCCUCCAUCGGCCAACAAGCGGAAGCCCAGGCCAAGGCGUUCAAGGAGGCGGCCGAUUUUGGAGCCAUCAUCAUCACCAAGACCGACGGCCACGCGAGCGGAGGUGGCGCCAUCUCCGCCGUUGCUGCCACCCACACGCCCAUCGUCUUUAUCGGCACGGGAGAGCAUAUGCUGGACCUCGAGAGAUUUGCCCCGCAACAAUUUGUCAACAAGUUGUUGGGAAUGGGCGACAUGGCAGGGUUGGUCGAGCACGUCCAGUCCCUGAAGCUGGAUCAGAAGGACACCAUCAAGCACAUCGCCGAAGGUAUCUUCACAGUACGCGAUCUCCGAGACCAGCUGAGCAAUAUCAUGAAGAUGGGCCCUAUCUCCAAAAUGGCGGGCAUGAUCCCUGGUAUGUCGAAUCUUCCGGGUAUGGCGGGUAUGGACGACGAGGAGUCUAGCGCGCGGUUGAAGCGGAUGAUAUUCAUCUGCGACAGCAUGACCGAGAAGGAACUAGACAGCGAUGGGAAGGUGUUCAUCGACCAACCCUCUCGCAUGACGCGGGUCGCCCGCGGGAGUGGCGUCAGCGUCCGCGAAGUCGAGGACCUGCUCACACAGCAGCGUAUUAUGGCGGGUAUGGCUAAGAAGAUGGGCGGCAAUAUGAAGAACAUGCAACGUGCCCAACAAGCCAUGGGCGGCGGCAACAAGGCGCAACAGUUUGCUGCCAUGCAGAAGCGACUGCAGAGCAUGGGCGGUGCCGGCGCGGGCGGCAUGCCCGACAUGGCGAGCCUCGCGAAGAUGUUCGGCGGCGGCGGCGGCGGGUUUCCCGGCGGCAUGGACAUGCAGAAGAUGAUGGAGAGCAUGGGUAUGGGCGGAAUGAUGGGGGGCGGAGCGCGAGGAGGCAGGCGGUAACGACAACACGUUGCGCACAGGGCAGAAGAGCAUUCGGCUUUUAUGGAUAGACAUAAUACGGACGGUGCCGGCUGGGCUUUUGGUAGGGAUGCAGGCAUUGCAUGGCGUUAGGCAGCAAAAACGGUUAAUAAGGAUACCAAGACUCUAAUCUAAUGAAGAGUGUGUCUAACAUCUUACGCGGCGCCGGUGACUAUUGAAGUCGGUUAACCGGCUCCGGGCGGAGUCAACUCUGUGUUAAUCCACUUAUCAAUGAGCCAAGGAGCCAACUCGCUAGGAGGGAGUUGUGAAGUAAAUACGAACGAAAUCAUAACUCCUCGUUGAACCCAACGUCCUUCAUGCUUACAAAACGGUUAUAGGCGAAUUACAAACACCUAGGACAAAACCCG